UGGAAAAAACAAGCUUCAUUCUGGCAUCCCCAGUGGCUGAUGAGAUUAAACACCUUUAAGCUGCUUUACGUUGAGAAUAGAAACAAUAAGAAGUGGAGCAGUCUGAGAGGCACAGACAAUGUGGACGGUGUGGAGAGGCAGCAGCUGCUCACAGACCAUCCGUGUGUCUGUCCUAUCAUAUCCAACAUUUAAAGUUUUGAUAGCACCUAAGGACUUGACACCAGUAGUCGAUGUGAGGCUGUGGCGUAUUUAAGAAUGAGCAAGAGGGGGAGGAGGAGGAACAGCAGGAGGAGGAAGAGCUCCAGCAGCAGCAAACAGAGUGUCUCGCCAUACAUCUUUCAAAAGCAGAACAAAAGUAACAGCAUCUGUUACAAAGAUGACGUUGUUGAAAAGGGGGAAACAGACUGUCUUCGAAAGGAAAGCAUUCUGUCGGUAUCUGAAGAUGAAGAGAAAUACAACAGUGCUCCACCCAAGGAGAAAAGGUUUAAACAAGAUUAUCACAUAAACUCAUUCCCCCACCAGAGGAGUAUUUAUACCAAGACGACAGAGGACGAAGAGAACGGAGUAAAGAUAGUAACGUCGGUGUCCGUCAGUGACACGAAGGAUUCCUCUCCAAACAUCCUGUUUCAGCAGUCUCAUGAACCCUUGUCUGAAAAUACAUCCCACUCAUCGAAGCCAGUUACCAACAUCCUGAAAAUUAACUGCACCGGAUCACAUGUCAGGCUCGAAAUUCAAGAAAUGCUGCAGCGUGAUGUGUCUGGCAUCAAGACCACGUUCGUUUUUAUGAAUGAAAACAGGAGCAAUUCUGAGAUGUUGUUUAACGGUAAAUGUGAGAGGACGUCGAUGUCCAACAAUGAGUCAUCUGAGAAGUCCUCGCAAAAUGUGAGCGAUCACUGUGGACAUCCGAACUCUAAUUACACAUUCACCUUUGGCAGCAUGAGUGAACAAACUAAAGCUUGUAAUGAUUCUAAAUCUAUUAGCUCAACAGACAUGUGGGACAACCAAAACUGCUGCCAGUGCUGCAGCGCUCACAAACAACGCCAAUCAGCCGCAAAUCAUCCAUUUAACCCAUCACUGCUGGUAAAUGUCAGCCCUCAAGAGAAGAGGAAAUGUUUUUACAAAAGCUCCAGCUGUGAUCACUGUGACAUUCCUCCACCGCAAGAGUUUGCAGACAUUAAAUGUAACACUUUAGAAGACCUGACACACGACCUGGCUUCCUGCAGGAUUGACACAUACAGUCCUGCUGACAAGCAGCAAAGGGAAUUUUACCAGACCUACAGCGAAGAAUCUAAAUGCCCACAAGAAGAGGAACGAGCAGAUCUGGCAUAUCCUUUUGAUCAGUUAUCAGAAUCUGACAACUAUGAACCCAUGUUCAUGAGACCCUCCUUAUCUACCAACAGGUCCAGCUUCACCAAAGAUUUCAUCAGUUGUCAGAAGAGAAAGUCCUGGAUUAGAAACAAUAGUAUUGGCACUGUUGAACACAGAGCUUGUUCAUUGCCAAAGAAGAGACGGCAGACAUUUCCUGGGAUGUCACAGGGUCUCGGAUUGAUGCAAGAAGAUUUUCUGCUGCCCUCUAGUGAAUCUUUUUCCUCUUUGGUCAUGUGUUCACUUCCUUUCCAGACAGAAAGGAUGGGGAGGAUUCACCAAGGCGAUGCAUUUGGAAUAGGAAGCCAUAUUUCUUCGCAAAUCAAAGGGAGUUCUCAGGCCGUCUCAGAAAUCUCAGACAGGCAUGAUGGAAAACAGACGCUGCUCAGUCCAUUCUAUGUGACCAGCUCUGAGGAGAAUCCAGAUGAUGUGUUUGCUGUCAGUGAACAAUAUAGAAGGCGAAGCAGCAAUAAACAACAGGACACAGAAUUAAUAGGGAGAGUCUGUAAGGACAUGGAAAGUCUGGACACUGAUGAAUGUGAAUAUAAAGUUGAUCAGAGUGAAGUAGCAGACAGUGGAUUUGACCAAGAAAUGGGAGAUGUAGAAUAUCACAGCCCAGAGCCCCUCAAACAUGAGCUAAGUAGAAGAACCCUUGCUAUACAAGUCAUCCCUCCAUCUUGCAGUGGCUCAGAGGAACAGCUACAGCCAGGUCAAAAGGAAGCUGUGUCCGUUUUCCCCGUAAACAGGAAGUCCUCGGUCAUGACGAUAACCGUUGGUGCUCUGGAACAAAGAUUCCUGCAGAUGGACUCAAGAUCUUCAUUGGGUAGCUGUAUGGAAAAGGAUAGAAAUGGUUCGGAGGACUCUUGCAAUUCCCCUUUGCAAGAGUCAGAUGCAAGUUCAUUAAACACAAAUGAUGUUCCAGAGGAGAAUGAUUCUAAACCGACUGCUGAACAAACAGGAAGUAGAAGCCUUUCUCUGCCACAGGGGGCAGAUCAUCUGCAGCUGCACCCAGGAAAUGUUGGUACAGACGAUUCAAAUAAACCCGCAUCAUGUCCUGCCAAAGGAUGCACAGACACACAAACCAAAGCUAAAGAGCUGCUCAGUAAACCAAUACCGUCCAGAUCAUCUUUAGAAGGCAAGGAGCAUCUGAAACCUGUGGCUCCUAAAGACCAGGAGAGUUGUGGCUCUGACCACUGGGCCAAGAGGAGAACACUCUUCAAGGAGAGCAAGCAGUGGAGCUCUGCUGGAGGAAGCUCAAUCACCAGCGACAUCACAGAAGAAUCAGUAUCUGAGGACACUCGCUCUAUGGACGUGACAGUUCAAGACAAUGAAGACAGGGGCUUUUACACAGAGACGUUCCACUCUUCAGCAUGGAUUUACCAGGGAGAUGAUGUAGUCUCGGGGGCCAUUUGUCCCGGCCUCACCAACAGAACUAGAGCCGUCUCAAUUCGAGAGAGGACUGUCAAGAUCAGCAAAGGGACGGGAGAGUAUCCUUGGGGCUUUCGGAUACAGUUUUCUAAACCCAUUGUGGUUACAGAGGUUGACACAAAUGGAGCUGCAGAGGAAGCAGGCUUGUUGGUAGGGGACUAUGUCCUAGCUGUCAAUGGAAUAGAUGUCACCAGCAUUCCUCAUUCUGAGGCAGCUGAUUUAGCCAGACAAGGUCCAGAUGUUCUAACUUUGACCAUUGGGUCAGACAUUGCUCGUGCUCCAAACACACCCAGGCCAGCAUGUCGUGGUUACCUUCAUAAGCGUACCCAGUCUGGUCUGAUUAAAGGCUGGAGGAAGAGGUGGUUUGUGCUCACACAUGACUGCUGCCUUUACUACUACAGGCAUAAACGGGAUGAAGGCAAGAGACGGGCUUUGUCAGCAGUAAAGCUGGAAGGCGCCGAGGUGGGACCAGAUCUUUCCCUGGGGAAGCCAUUUGUCUUCAAGUGCUGCCCGCAGUCCGGCAGUCGAAUGUACUUCUUCUGCGCCACCUCAAACCAGGAAAUGAAAAGGUGGCUGGAAGCAAUGGAGAAAGCCAUUCAUCCCGUCACACAGAACCAUGUGUGGGUGGAUGUCACCAGACACAACUCCAAUCUGCCGCCGCUUGCUGUGAAGAACCCAGACUGCCUCGGGUUGCUCCAUAAAAUGGACAAAAGCAAGGACACGUGGGUCCAGAACUACUGCAUUCUGAAGGAUAGUUGCCUGUACUUGUACAGCGGCAUACGCGCAACUCAUGCACAUGGUGGGAUCUACCUUCAGGGUUAUAUGGUGCGAGAACAGUCCUACGGCCCCAAGAAAUCCACCAUUGAGCUUAAACCACCAUCUGAUGAGUUCAAGACUUUCUACUUCUGUGCUGAAAACCCUAAUGAAAAUAAAAGAUGGAUCGCUGCUAUCAAAGCCUCCAUCAAUAAGUGGCUGCUUCUACACCAGGCCCUUCAGGACUACAUGAACUGCCCCUCAGAAGAGACCAGAAUGUGAGACACAGCAAACUCUACAAGUUCAGUCAGCCUGUUGACCACUGGAUGAGCCUCCGGUUUGAAGAUCACUGCACUUUAUUUUUUUCGAGGUGCUGGCAUUCAGUUGAGACUCGUUGUCUUCAUCGGGGUCACCGUCGGCCUAACACAGUUGUUCCAUUUACUACAAGUGCUGCUGGAGUCUUCAUCUUUUCACAAAUUCUUUUCCUCCUUCAUGCACCUAAGUAGCACCAGAAAUGUUACUCUCUCUUAAAGACGAUGUCACAGUUUCAAAUGUGCAGCUGAUUCAAGCAAUUCAUCCAGGGUUAUGUUUGAAAAUGUAAAUAGAAUAAAAACAAAACAAACAAAAAAACUACUUUAUAUUUUAUCCUUUAUCAUCAUCAUCAGGGGUGGUCCAUAUAAAAAUAAAAAAAGAAAGAAGAAAUACAUUUUUUCCUUUUCCUUUUAUAUUGUUCAAAUAUAUCAACUCUAUCUGUGGACUCUGUGUCAAAGAAGAUCAAAUGUUUAUUUUUUAUGCCUGCUCCCAAGGUGCAUGGAGGAGGAAAUGAAACUGUAGUAAAUGGAUCAACUUUAUUAGACUGACGCGUUUCAGCUCAUGGCCUUCCUUCAUCUGGGUCAUUAAGAAACACAUUGCAAGGAAACGUUUAAAUUAAGUAUGAAGUAAAAAAAAAACUGUCAUUUCAACUGGAAACUAUUUCAGAUACUGUAUGUGAAAAAGAGACAGCCAUGUCUAAGGCAUGUAUUUACUUUUAACUUAAAUGUACUAAUUUAUCUUUGGGAAAUGACCCUUGCCACUCUUUACAGUCCCUUUGUUUCUAUCAUCAACACCUGCUACCUGAGCAGGCUGAAGGUUAUUGUCUGUGUCAGGUAUUUGGAUUGUGCCAUAGGCUUUCAAAAUAAGAGUCAGUAAUUUAUAAAACUUGUGAUGGCCCAAUUGUUUUCUGAAUGGGAAUGUGACCUGCUUUUAUUCUCUUCCGUUUGCAUGUGCUGCAUAUUAAUUCAUAACCUUUUAGACAAUCUUUCAGUAUUUGUCUAAAAAUCCUCGAGGCAGUCUCAUUUUGUCAUGUGUACUUCUGAGAUUUGCAUGUUUUUAUACUGACACCAUGUGUUCUGCUACACGUAGAAUAAUUAUGUGUGAUGAUGUUUUGAUACUGCUUUUAUUCACUGUAGGACAGAGUAAAGCCUCAAAGUGUUAGCCAAAUAAAUUCUUCUGACAUUA